AUGUCGUACACUUCCUUCAAUGCUCAGAUGUACAAGACUUGGUUGUUCAACAACAAGAAAAAGAAGGAAAGGAAGGACAUGAUAAAGUAUGGGAGGAAAUGGACACCUAGGAUGGUGAUCUACCAGGAGAAUCGGGAAGAGGUGCUGAAGAGGAUUGAGGAUGAGUCUGGGGCAAAGCCAGGAGAUCCUGAUCUUUCAACCCAAUAUAUUUCACGCAGGCAUGAUAAUAGCGAGGCAUUAGGAGAUGGGGACAGCUUCAUGAAGACAAAGGACUGGGAGGACAUCGAGCCGGUGUGGCAGGAGUAUGCGCAGGAACAGUUCGGUGCCGGAGCACGGGAAGGUGGCCGACAGAUGAAGGGAGGUCGCAAGAGAAUCCGAAAACCAGCCUUCGAGCUCGACACUGACGAGGAUGGGAUGCCGUUGCUUCCGGACAUCACUGAAACAAAACUCAAGGAGAAGAAGGCCAUAGUCAGGGCUUUUCUCACAUCGCACUAUCGGAUUUGUUCGGGGAUCGACAAGGCAGUAGUGCCAUGGAGCACCAUCCUUCAAUGCCAGGAUGACUUUGUGUCAUGA